AUGGGAUCUAGUGAAUCGAAUAGGCUGGCCUUCCAGGAGACAGAUGAAGCCGGCAAUUCUACCGCAACCUACAUCUAUUCCGGGGACACUACGAAGCGAGCUUCAUUCGGUCGAGUGGAUGUUGUGACAUCUUCCCCGUCUACCUCGUCGUGGUCAACCAAGCCUCUGAUCGGCUCGCUGAGUGAUGUUUUUCUUCCUUCCGGGUUUCCUCACAGUGUCAGCGACGACUAUUUGCCAUAUCAAAUCUUCGACUCCCUCCAAGCCUUCUGCAGCUCAAUAGCAGGCCUCCUCUCCUCCCGCGCAGUACUACAAGGAGUCGGCGUCGGCAACGCAGAUGCCUCCCCAACUUCAGCUCUGCUACUUCACAUAUUACAAGACAUAUCCGGCCGGAUAGCCACAAUCAUCUUCGCCCACCGCGUCGGCACGGCCCUAGAACCAGAAUGCAAGACCUACAGACUUGCCGCAGAUGUCUUCAACGACAUCGCCAUGAUCAUGGACUGUCUCUCGCCGAUGGUUCCUGCUGGCAUGAUACGGGUUACUGUCCUCAGUACGGCAGGGGUACUGCGUGCAUUGUGUGGUGUUGCUGGGGGGAGUUCGAAGGCUAGUUUGAGUGCUCAUUUUGCGAGAUGGGGGAAUUUGGCGGAGCUUAAUGCUAAAGAUUCGUCUCAGGAGACGGUUAUUUCGCUGUUUGGGAUGUUGGUCGGAUCUGUUGUCAUCUCACACAUAACCAGCUUCACUACAACCUGGAUAGCGCUAUUACUCCUUCUAGCACUCCAUCUGAGCAUGAAUUACGCCGCUGUCCGAGCAGUGCAGAUGACAAGUCUGAACAGGCAACGAGCGAACAUUACAUUCUCGGCUCUACUAGACUCCGAUACGAGUUUGGAUGAUGCGCUAAGCCUGACCUCGACGUCGACCGCAGAUCCCAACAGCAAACCGAUUAACGGAAGCCAAUUGACGAUCUUCACACCUGCAGAUAUAGCACGUCACGAGCGCAUCUUCCAUCGAGGUGAAGCGCUACAAUGGACAACCCAUUCAUCGACAUCGACAUCAACAUCAACGGAAUAUCUAGGCUCAGCCCAAAUAGGGCUUUCUUUGUCCUCAUUCUUCGGCACUUCUGCCAAUAGCACAAGAAGUACCAUCCCAGUACAACAGCUCACAGUCCUAUUCUCGAACGAGGCCUACCUCCUCUUCCUCACACCUUCAUCAUCACCCUCAUCCACAAAGAGAACAUGGCACGCAUCCAUCCUCCUCAAAAAGGGCUUCCUAGACGUCCUUGAACGAACUCUAUCCUGUCUCAACGCAGAGUCCCGUUUCGGGAAUUAUCUCGUGCGCUUGCGGGAUGUAGGCUGGAAUCUUGAUAUUGCGGCAUUGGAGACGAGGGGUCGGAGGAGGGUUUCUAUUUGA